GGGACACAGUCAAUCGGGUUCUCUCCUCGAGCGAGUGACUCAAACAAGUCGUCGCUAGACGUCAAGGCAAUCAUCGGCGGAACAAUCGGCGGCGCUGCCGUCGUAGUGUUUGCCAUCCUUGGCGCGCUGUUUCUCCGCAGAUACCACAGGCGGACCUUCAACGCUGUCCCGACGGCGCCGAGUAUCAACAACUAUGACGAGGUGCCCAAGUCACCCGGAUCCGGGUGGCACGUUGAGCCAUUCACGAUGGCGUCUCCGACGCAGACAUUUGAGCACGCGGGGUUCCAGCCCCCGCUGAAGAUGCCGGUCGUCCCGAAUCGCCCGGGUGAGCACGGGUCGCCAAGCACGACGGGCCGUGUGCUCUCGCCGCUGACAUCGUCCGUGAUCUUCAUCGACGACGAUCGAAGCAUCAACGUCGCGCCGCCGUCGUACCGCGGCCACGACUCCCAGUCUUCAAUACCACCGUCUCCCGGCGCACAGACGACACAGACGACGCAGACGGGCGUGUCGGCGGCUUUCAGCACGCGCGCGACGUGCGGAGUCUAAGGCCCGUACGCUGAUAUAUUGUAAUUUC